CUCAAUGCGCCCCUGUGGGUGCACCCAUGGAAAAGGCCAGCGCCUUGUGCAGCCGCCAAAGAACAACAGAACACGAAAGAUCCGCGAGGACAUGUUGAUGCUACCUCCACUCGGCCAACGUCGCACGACAAGAUGAUCAGCAAUUCCAAACGGAGGUUGUAGAAAAAAGAUUAAAGAAAGAACAACAAGAACAAGCCACAGGAGGGGAGCACCACAUCAACAAUAUUCAGACAACCUGCUGCCAAUCAAACCACAACCAUGCAGGACAACUUGGAGAAAAACGCAAUAAUCGGUGAUUUGUGUCGUCAGGUAUGGACUGAUUUUUUCGUGGAGAGAAGUGCAUCUGCUGAUGACGAACUAGGAGGCUUCGAUGCUGACACACAAAGGGCGCUCAUCGCGGUUGCAAUUCAUGAGAGCGAGGAAGCAGGACACGCAGUAUCGAGGAAAAGCUUCGCUCAAGCGGUACUAACCAAUAGCUGUUAUUUUUUUGAUUUGUGUAGUCGAGUAAUAUUUUCUACAUUCCCUAAAAACUAACAUUUAGGGUAUAAUCUUCAAAUCUUCAAUAUACGAAUUUUCAGAAUUACUCUAUUUCUAGGUCCUCAGACCCUUUAUUUCUCAAUGUUCAGAUGUCCUCAAAUCCUCAAAAUAUGAAUUUUCAAAAUUCACCUAGUUUGACGUCCUCAAAUCUCCUAUUUUUGAACUUUUAUAGGUACUCAAAUCCUCAAAAUAUGAAUUUUCGAAAUUACUCUAGUUUGAGGUCCUCAAAUCCCCUAUUUUUAUACUUUUAGACGUACCUAAAUCCUCAAAAUAUGAAUUUUCAGAAUUAACCUAGUUUAGGGUCCUCAAAUCCUCUAUUUUCUAAUUUUCAGAGAUCCUCAAAUCCUCAAAAUAUGAAUUUUCAAAAUUAGAUUCUAGUUUGAGGUCCUCAAAUCCCCUAUUGUUAUACUUUUAGACGUACCCGAAUCCUCAAAAUAUAAAUUUUCAAAAUUACUCUAGUUUGAGGUCCUCAAAUCCCCUAUUGUUAUACUUUUAGAGGUACCCGAAUCCUCAAAAUAUAAAUUUUCAGAAUUAACCCAGUUCGACGUCCUCAAAUCCUCUAUGUUUUAAUUUUCAGAGGUCCUCAAAUCCUCAAAAUAUGACUUUUCAGAAUUAACGUAGUUUGAGGUCCUCAAAUCCUCUAUCUUUUGACUUUCAGAGGUCCUCAAAUCCUCAAAAUAUGAAUUUUCAAAAUUCCCCUAGUUUGACGUCCUCAAAUCCCCUAUUUUUGAACUUUUGUAGGUACUCAAAUCCUUAAAAUAUGAAUUUUCAAAAUUAGACUAGCUCGAGGUCCUCAAAUCCUCUAUUUUUGAAUUUUCAGAAGCCCUCAAAUCCUCUAUUUUCUAAUUUUCAGAGAUCCUCAAAUCCUCAAAAUCUGAAUUUUCAAAACUAGCCUAGUUUGAGGUCCUCAAAUCCUCUAUUUUUCAAUGAUCUGCUAAACUCAAUUCUUCCAUAUGUUAGACUUUGAAAGAUUAUGGUCUCUAAUUUUAAAUCUCUCGCCAAUUCGAUCGUCAGGAAAUGAAUUUAAUUAUAAAGCGAUAAAAACGAAAUUUUUCGUUUUUUCCAAAUUUCAAAUUUGAAUUUUCAAAUUUUCUGAUUUUAUCCAACUUUUGUUAUAUUUGGAGCGAACAAAGUGUUUCUCAUACACAGGUAUCAGCACGACUUCACGCCAGUGGGCUGCCUAAUCCCGCCAUUACCAGUCGUGAGUUAGACCGAAUUACGACUUUGCUCCGUGACAUAAGCAAGGAAGAUGAAGAUCCUAGUGGGGUUUCAGUGUUUUUUCCUCCUUUCGACGACGCUCCUGCGUAUUCUCCUCAGGGGGAGCUACUCCCACCGCCGCCGAGCGGACAACUAGAUGAACAAAGCACAACCGCCGGAAGCCCUACUCCUG